UAAAGGUACCAAUAUGGCGGAGGCUUCCCUAGGGAGUUCAAGUCCAGUUGGCUCUUUAUCGUCAGAGGACCAUGACUUUGACCCAACAGCAGAAAUGUUAGUUCAUGAGUAUGAUGACGAGAGGACUCUGGAGGAGGAAGAGUCCCUGGAAGGAGGCAGGAACUUCAGAUCAGAGAUUGCAGAUCUUGAAAAGGAGGGGAACAUGCCUUUAGAGGAACUGCUGGCAAUUUAUCGCUAUGAAGCCUCAGCAGGUUCCAGUAUAGACAGUUCCUCAGGGGACCUGACCGAUGAGCUUCCUGACAUGACUUUGGACAAGGAGGAAAUAGCCAAAGACCUGUUAUCUGGGGACUAUGAAGAGGAGACUCAGUCUUCAGCUGAUGACCUCACCCCAUCGGUCACCUCUCAUGAGGCCACUGAUUUCUUCCCAAGAACACUUCGAUCUAAUGCUAUCUCUGAUGGCGAUAAAGAGUCAGAUUAUGAUGAAGAUGGUCCAAGCCCAGAGGACUCCAGAAAGGAAAUCAUGGUGGGAUCACAGUACCAAGCAGAGGUUCCCUCUUGCCUCUGUCACUACAAAGAUGGAGAGAAAGUUUAUGAAGAUGAAGAUGAGUUAUUAUGGAGCCCAGGUACAUUGCCAGAAAACAAGGUUAGGAGUUUCUUGUUUGACGUUUUGUCACGGACAACAGAUGACAAGAUGGGAUGUGACAAACCAGGCAUGCAUGUCCGAGACAAUGAACAGGCUUUGCAUGAGCUGGUAAAGUGUAACUACAACACCCGUGAAGCACUAGAGAGAUACUGCAGCCACGUAAAGUCCUCUAAAGAAAAAUCACCUCCGUGGUCAGAAGAAGAGUGCAAGAACUUUGAGCACGCACUACAGAUGUAUGACAAGAAUUUUCACCUCAUUCAGAAACACAAAGUCACAACACGAACAGUUGCAGAAUGUGUGGCAUUUUACUACAUGUGGAAGAAGUCAGAGCGCUUUGACUUCUUUGUGCAGCAGAAUCGGUUUGGGAAGAAAAAGUACAGCAGCUAUCCUGGUGUGACUGACCUGAUGGACAGGCUGGUGGACGAAGCAGAGGGACUGGCAGUGGACAGUUCCUCCUCUGUGUGCUCAGGAGCAGGUGGAGGCGGUAGGUUGGAGACGACCACAGACCAACAGCUCAGCUUACUCAACUCCAUCACUGCCAGUGACCUCACAGCGUUGAGUAACAGCGUAGCCACAGUGUGCAGCCCUGCGGAGGUCAGCUGUUUAGACUCCUACAGCUUCCCUCCACUGGAGAGUCUUCAUCGCGGGGGCCUGAAUCACGACGAAUCCCUUGGGUUUCCUUCCAACGGCGCCGACUCCGACUGUCUCAACAUGCUCGACGCUGGCUUCUACCAUUCAGACCUGGGUCAGCUCGGAGGGGUGUGCGUCAACAAGGAUUGUGAGCGGCCCUCUAAGAGACUCAAGAUGGCACUGCCUGACUCCUUUAUCAAUGAUGUCUCUGUGGGUAACCUUGGGGUGGACUUCGAAGCACGACGGACAACAACACACCACCACAGAAUCACCGGUGCCAAAAUGGCAGUGUCCGUCACAGACUUUGGGAGCUUGGCUGGCAGCGGUGAACCCAACGGGUUCCUGGGAGCACAUGCACGGCACCACACACAGCACACAGCAGCACUUCAGUCAGAGUGAUUUUCCUCGUCUUCUUUCCCUGUUUGAAACCUACCCUGCUUGUACAUAAGACUGACCUCACUGGAGAAUCCAAUUUGUUUAAAUUCUAUUAUAUAUAUAUAUAUAUAUAUCUAUAUAUAUGUAUAUGAAUAUACUUUUUUUCAUUUUUGUGUAAUAUGACAUCAGUGAUGUCUAUCAUAUAGAACUAAAAUCUUGAUUUCUCUCAAGAGUUUAUAUAGCCAUUUUAUUUUAUUUUUGUUGCGGUCUUGAGAUGUGUAACGUCCAUGUACAGUGGGGCCCAGAGGCUGCAGUAGGAGAGUUGUGUAUCUUCCUCCCUCACAUUUCCACACAACAUCUUCAGAGCUAUUUUCUAUUAUCCUGCCAUUCUUUUCAGCUGCCAAAUUAGCAUAGUUUUCUUCCUUUAGUGUUAGUAUUUAAUUGCUUGUGUUUGUUGUUUGAAGUGGUACUUUUUAAUUAGUGUUUGGUUUACAGGUACUUUAAAGUAACCAGGCUGGAGCAAAUGUGUUGAAAUUUGUCCCCAAAUUAACCUGGCUCGAUACUGUAUGAAGAGCAACACUAGCUAAGAAGUGUCUUGGCAGCACCUGAGCUGCCCCGGCCUUCCCGUUUGGUUUUCUUUUCUUUCUAUUCUCUCCUGUGGAAGCUUGUUUGUAGCCUGCUCGUUUACUUUUAAUCUGUUCAUAGUGGCCAAACUGGAACAUGUGAAUGUGUGUAAAAGUUUUUUUUUUAAUUCUUUGUAGUCAAGCCCAAAUUACACUUCUUGAUUCAUAGUCCUUACAUUUCAGACCAAUUAUCAAGACUCCUUUUGCAGCAAAACAUGGGAGUUGCCUCAUUCUACAGCCUGUUUUGUUAUUUGCUUUAAGGAGAGUCAGACAAGCAAACUGCAACAGCAAUAUUGUAAUGCAAAGAUAGUUUGGGUUAAUAGCCAUUGAAACGGACAUCAUCAGGAACAGUUAAGUAUCUGCUGCAUACACCUUUAGUUUCUCCUUCAGUACUUUCGGCUCAUGUUUUCAUCUUUGCUACUCAUAGGCAAGAUUAGUUCUUUGUCAUAUUUGUAGUAAAAAUCCUAAAUUAAGUUGCGCCAUUUUCUGACCACUUAAAGAAGCUCGGUAAACCUGCUAGAAGUAUUUAAUUAUAGCCACUCACUUUUGUAUACGACCUCUGCCUAACUUGUACUGACUAGACAAUGCCUUGUAUAUUCUAGUCGACAAUUUCUUGGAGUCUAGUAGCAGAAAUGGAGUGUGUUUCUCUUGACUGAAGUCAUUAAUUGUGAAUUGUAAGAUGUUUAGCGGGUCAUUGUCAGUUGAUUGGAUGCAGUAGUAGUGUUUACUUAAUUUAUCUAUGCAUUGUGAUAUGAAUAAUUAGUUUGUUUCAGGGUUACAUCAUGUUUGUCUUGUAAUUCACCAUCAUGUUUAGACAGGACUCAUGCUUUCAUACCAUCAUUAUUAUUAUUAUUAUUAUUAUUAAGUUAAAACUGCUUGAUCAAGUAAUUGAGCUCCAAGCCCAGCAACAGAGAAGAUAUUCACUUCUGCUUUUCAUGUAAAUAAUUAGCAAAUAGCCUUUAAAAAAUCUAUUAACUGACCUCUUACACUUGUGAAUCUGUGUUGAUACAAAGGUUUUAAUUUGAUUCCUUGUCAUAAGGCAAUAAUUUGUAGAUAUGUACAGAUAUUUUGGGUUUUGGAUUAUAAAGAUUGACUUGGUGUUUGAAUUUUUUUUUUUUCCUUCCUCUUCAAAAAGUCACGAUACCCAGACACCAGGACACGGCUGAACCACGCAUGCUGCCCGUGUCCACACCACUGAAAACGGCUUUACCUAAAGACGUAUUGAUAGAACUCAAUGUUGCAAUUUUGUAUUCAGAACUUGCAGCUAUGUGUAAAAGUUGCUCAUCUCUUUUCCCCUCAAAUUGUUUUACAUGUUGUUGUCUAUAUUUGUCUUGAUGGUAAAGGGAUGGCUGCUGCUCUAAGUAUGUGGAGAGCUAGUUUCUCUUUUAAUGCAAUGUGCAUAAUGCAGUAAGUCCUCCAAGCUCUUCUAGCUUUAGCAGUGCAGUGAUAUUUAUUUCAACUGUGGUUUGUACAAAGACUCAGAAAAACUGUCAGAAUGUAAAGGCCAUUCAGUAGUAGAAGUAGGUUUUUCACCACCCUGUGAACUCUUGAAAAUGUGAUAUUUUAUUGAUAUCUCUGGUAUGAGAUUUGUGUGUGCAAACAAGCACUAAACAAAUUUAUUUUAUAUUUUGUAUUGUGUUUUGAAGUUUAAAAAGGAAAAAAAUAGCAGUUGUGGUUUUGAAAAAGAAAGUCCUUUCAUGAAAACAAAAAACAUCUUUGUGAAUAAAAACCUACAAAACUUUAAAAAUGUAUAUCCAGAAAUAUAGACAAUCAAAAACUUCACUAUGAGAAAUGUUCAAGAAGCUAUCUUUAUUGUUUAUAAGAAUUGUACAUAAACAUUGAGUUUUUUUUCCUUUUGUUAAACAUUAUUUUGUAUUUUCUGUUGUACUUUAAUACCUUGUGUACAGAUCCAGAAAUAAAACUCUGGUAAAGGUUCGGA